GAAACACGUGCAAUAGAUGUAUGACAUGUUUCAAACAAUAAAUAUCUAUAAAUUAUAAUAUUUUUAUUAUUCUAAAGAAGUGCAAAUUGGAAAAACUCAUCACAAUGCCUGCAAUAACCAGAGUGGUGAAGCCUACUACGCACAGAGGUAAAAGAGCUAUUUUGAAAAAAGAACCUAAAUUAAUAGAAGAUGUUAAACAGACUUUGUGUUACAAGGGUAAAAAUACCUCUCCGAUAGUAGUGGAUUUUAUGAAGGACCUAUAUACUUUAAAGAAACCAAAUGCAGUGUUGAUGCAAAAGAAAAAUGAUGUAUUACCAUUUGAGGAUGUAACACUUUUUGAGAAGCAUGCUGCAAAAUAUAAUGCUCCUCACUUCAUGAUUGCACUGCAUAACAAAAAACGUCCUCACAAUCUUGUAUUAGGAAGAAUGUAUGAGAAUACGUUAUUAGAUAUGGCAGAGUUUGGCAUAGAAAAUUAUAAAGCUUUAAAAGAUUUUAAAGUUCCAAAAAUUUCAGAGGGAAUUAAGCCUCUGUUGGUUUUCAAUGGAGAACUUUUUGAAAAUAAUCAUGAACUGAAUAGGAUUAAAAAUUUAUUGGUGGAUAUGUUUCAUAGAGAGUCUGCAGAAAAGAUUAGACUGCAAGGCCUUGAACAUGUUCUAAGUUUCACAGCUGUUGAGAAUAAGAUAAUGUUACGGAGUUAUAGGAUACUUUUAAAGAAGUCUGACUGUAGAAUACCAAGGAUUGAAUUAGAAGAAAUAGGGCCAAGGGCAGAUUUAGUAUGUAGGCGUACAAAACUUGCUUCUCAAGAUCUCUUCAAGCAAGCUUGCAAACAACCAAAAGAAUUGAAGGUUAAAAAGAAGAAGAAUAUUUCUAAAGAUAAUCUUGGAACGACUUUCGGUCGUAUACAUGUUGGAGCACAGAAUCUUAAUAGCAUUCAAACCAGAAAGAUGAAAGGACUGAAAAAAACAAUGGCAGAAAAGAAAGCUGAAAGGAAACGAAAACUUUCAGAGACUCAAGUCACUGAUGAGAGCCCAAAAAAGGUCAAGAAUGUUACUGAUUCAAAUGACUAAUAAUAUAAUUACGGAUAUUAUUUCUUUGGAAUCAGUAUAAGAAAUGUGUAAAUACAAUUUUUUAUUAAAACUGCUGGUUUAUAAUACAAUUUUA